AGUUUUCACUCUUGAUUGUGAGGAGGAGUUUGGAGUUCUUAAACCGUCUAAAUAAACUGAGCCCUCUGACAGAGCUGAUCCCCGACAGCCACACACAUUCUUCUGAGCAAAAGGACCAUCUGAAAAAUCUAAAACCAGCAAAAUGGCUUUGACAGGAUGCACCAUGUGUAUUAAAUAUAUGUUGUUCUUCUUUAAUUUUAUCUUCUGGCUGGCUGGAGGUGUGAUUUUAGGAGUGGCCCUGUGGCUUCGCCAUGACAGUCAAACAAGCAACCUGCUCAUACUUCAAUUUGAGGGCAAACAGGCACCAGGAACCUUCUAUACCAGUGUGUACAUACUGAUAGCCGUCGGUGCUGUGAUGAUGCUUGUUGGUUUCGUCGGUUGUUACGGAGCCAUUCAGGAGUCUCAGUGUCUGCUGGGGACGUUCUUCUUCUUCUUGGUGAUUCUCUUUGCUUGUGAAGUGGCUGCAGCAAUCUGGGGUUUCAUGAACAGGGACACAAUCUCCAAAGAACUGAUCAACUUCUAUGACUCUGCAUACAUCAAUGCUCUGGAUGUCUCUGGGUCUAGCAGUAAAGAUUCAGCCAUCAAGGUGCUGCAUGUCUUCCACAAUACGCUUGAGUGCUGCGGUAAAGGAGAUGACACUGCUCUCUUCAAGCAAGUCGCCAGCACCUUGUGUCCUCAAAAAUCCACAGCAGACCUCCUGAAGUCUCAGGAAGACCCCCUAAACCCUCUGAGCUGUCACAAGAAGCUGAGCGAACUGUUCUCACAGAAGCUCUACCUUAUCGGAUUGGCUGCCUUGGUGGUCGCUGUCAUCAUGAUCUUUGAGAUGAUCUUCACUAUGGUGCUCUGCUGCGGGAUCCGUAACAGCCCGGUGUACUGAGAGCCCGGGCAACAAUCCGCAUCAGCCUGUGGUGAUGCAGAUACUCUGGGAGGUGCUAAAGAACAGUUAAUGUAAUACAACAAACACAAUGAGAUGAAUAUCUGUUCUUUGAUUUUCGAUCCAACUUUUUAAAAAUUGCCUCUACAACAGCAUGAAUGAAUAUCACAUUUUUUUUUAAUGCAACAAUCUGACGACAGAUUUUCUGCAUUGUUCAUCCCUCUCUCUCUCUCUCUCUCUCUCUCUCUCUCUCUCUCACACACACACACGCACGGUUCUUGUUCUUUCAAAGGACUCUCCCCACUUUGUGGUUAUACAUCAAAAUGUGCUGUUAGCGUUGUUGAUAUUUCCCCUGAUGAAUCCGAGUACACCAACUUGAGGACAGCAUCCUUGUCUGUUGUUUGUCAUAUUCAUGCAGUGCCAUUAUUUUCUUCAGUUAUUUUUCUUUCAGCUACCAGACCAGUAUGGUAGUUUGCUGAAAAAGUAUAUAAAAUGAUCCCUUUACAU